AUGAACCUCCUGGGCAAGGGCCCUCUUUCCUCACAGAUCCAGUGGUCCUUUUACUUCAUCAGUCAGCUCCAUGGCCUCGUGAAUGUCAAUCAUCAGAUACUCCGUCCUCCUACAGGGGAUGCAAAGCAGCAAAACUCACCUUCAACUCGUCCAUCUCGGCAUCUCAACUGGUGCUGUUCGCCACGACUGCAAGCGCAUGACCCUCACCACGUAACAUCAUGUCGCGCUCAGAAACGCGCCCCUCCAAUGAUGACGGCACCUACACGCAGUCAGCUCAGCAAACCCUUGCAGACGAGGAUGAUAGCAAAGAGGUUACUACGCCAGUGUAUGGGGACGAGGUCUUUUCCAAGAGUGCCAAAAAGGCAAUGUACUCCCAAAUAUGUGAUACAUUUCAAAUUCCGCUGGAGACGGUUACCCAUCUGUAUGUAUCUUCUCGAUGAGCGACUCCGUAGCCCGCCGCAAGACGGACCGCAUCCAUGGAUGAGGCCAGGUCCCCUUCGUCGAACGCAAUCUGCAUACACUAUACCUCAGGACCUAGUGAUUCGGCGGGAUUCAGACCCUUACGACCCAAGAGGAGACGGCCAUGCUCGUCACUCAAUGUCGGUAAUGAAAGAUUCGCCAACACCAGUCCAGCCAUUCAUCGGGCUAUUGCAACAGCAACAGCGUGAUCAAGCGGCGUCUUUCGCUGGUGACACGGCCCUGCAAUGGCCGAACAGGUUCGACGAUAGCGCCAUCGAUAGUGGUGCUUUCGUCGGCAUAUCAGGUGGCCAACUCGACAAUUUUGACUGUCGAUUGGCGGACAACCUGGACUUUUCGUUGGCCAAUGUGUUGAACUGGCAUUCAGUUGAGUGA